CUCUCUAACAAUCGAUUCCUUUCUCUCUCCAAAAUCCCCAAUCUGCAAAUUUGAUUUCCUUAUCGGAAUCCGGCAAGUCGCCGAUACAGUCCGUCGACACCGCCGCCUCCGCAUUCCUUCUAUUAAUGAUUAAGUUCCUCCUCCUCAUCUAUGUUUCUACGUUUCGUUAACUACAUUUCUCAAGGGAGUAGAGAGUGGUUGGAUGUUGCUAGCUCGACGUGGCUACUUUGCGCACUUCUCCUUGCAGCGAUUGCAGUUAGUAGCUUCAGUGAACUUCCUCAACAAGGAAAUUCGUAAAAUUCAUCGAACUUACAAUGUAGGUGCUCUAGAGCAGUGUCUGGAUAUCAUAGACUCGAUAGAUGGAAAUAAGAUUGAAGGAGGGAAAUUGAAAACCGAGCUGUGUGAAAAUGAUGAAGUUUCGGAAUGUAGAAAUUUGAGCUUCUACGAGAAAACAGGAUCGUUUUAUGUUGGGAGGGAUUCACACAGGGAAGUAUUCACUAUUUCACGAGAGCUCGACAAGAUUGCUACUCUAGAGGAUGACGCCGUGUUUAAUAUUCUGCAGGCUUGCAUCGGUGCUAAAGUUUCUUUGCACUUUAUCCAACUGCUUCAUGCUAAGAUCAUCUGCUGUGGUUCAAGUAAAAUUCCUCAUGUUUGCAAUCCUCUGAUUGACUUAUACCUGAAGAAUGAAUGUGUAGAUUCUGCAGUUCGCGUAUUUAAACUUUUGCGUGCGAGGGAUAGUGUGUCUUGGGUUGCCAUGAUAUCAGGCUUGUCUCGUAAUUGUCAUGAAUUAGAGAGUAUUCAACUUUAUUGUGAGAUGCGAAGGAUAGGAGUAUAUCCAACUCCAUACGUUUUUUCAAGCAUAUUAAGUGCUUGCACUAAGAUAAGCUUGUAUAGAGUAGGUCAGCAACUUCAUGCUCUAGUAUGCAAGUGGGGGUUCUCGUCACAAGUAUAUGUGUGCAACUCUCUUCUUUCGCUUUAUUCUAGAUGUGGAUACAUAACAUCUGCUGAACUAGUUUUUAGUGAAAUGAAGCAAAGGGAUAAAGUUUCAUAUAACACUCUUAUAUCAGGGUUCUCUAUGCAAGGAUCAGUUGGUAAGUCCGUUGAAUUGUUUGAGAAAAUGCAGACUGAGUCCUUAAAACCAGAUAGUGUUACGGUUGCGAGUCUGCUGGGUAGCUGUGCUUCAAUGGGGAAUCUUUAUAAGGGAAUGCAAUUGCAUUCGUAUGCAAUCAAGGCUGGAAUAUGUGCGGAUAUCAUUAUCGAGGGUUCUCUGCUAGACCUUUAUGUAAAAUGUUCUGAUGUUAAAACAGCUCAUAAGCUCUUCCUUGCAAUGCAAACAGAUAAUGUGGUGCUAUGGAAUAUGAUGCUAGUGGCGUAUGGGCAGCUAGGAGAUCUCCAUGAGUCUUUUAACCUUUUUUCUUGUAUGCAAAUUAAGGGGUUGAAACCUAACCAAUACACAUACCCUAGCAUUUUAAGAACGUGCACUUCUGUCGGAGAACUUGAUCUAGGACAACAAGUUCAUACCCAGGCUAUAAAAACUGGAUUUCAGCCAAAUGUGUAUGUCUGUAGUGUGCUUAUAGAUAUGUACGCCAAAAAUGGUGAACUUGAAACUGCCUUGAAAAUUUUGAGAUGUCUUAAUGAAGAUGAUAUAGUUUCUUGGACAGCUAUGAUCUCCGGCUAUACUCAACAUGACAUGUUUGCUGAAGCUAUUAAACUUUUUGAGGAAAUGCAAGAACAAGGGAUUCAAUCAGAUAAUAUAGGAUUAGCAAGUGCUAUCAGUGCAUGUGCUGGAAUUCUAGCUCUAAAACAAGGACGUCAAAUUCAUAGUCAGUCUAUUGUCUCCGGCUUCUCUUCAGAUAUAUCAGUUGGAAAUGCACUUGUAUGUCUCUAUGCUAGAUGUGGUUGUAUACAAGAAGCACACUUGACAUUUGAGAAAAUGCAUUCUAGAGAUAACGUUACAUGGAAUGGUUUGAUAUCAGGAUUUUCACAGAGUGGAAACCACGAAGAAGCAAUGAAGGUCUUCACUCAUAUGACACAAGCUGGAGAGGAGGCUAAUAUGUACACCUAUGGCUCUGCUAUUAGUGCUGCUGCAAAUUUGGCACAUGUUAAACUAGGUAAGCAAAUUCACGGAAGGACAAUUCAUACAGGACAUAAUAGUGAGACUGAAGUGUGCAAUGUCUUAGUAACAUUGUAUGCAAAGUGUGGAUGCCUUAAUGAUGCCAAGAGGGUGUUUAUUGAGAUGCCUCAGAAGAAUGAAAUUUCAUGGAAUUCAAUGAUCACCGGUUAUUCUCAACAUGGACACGGUAGAAAAGCUAUUGAGCUCUUUGACGAUAUGAAUAUGCUCGAGCUGAAGCCAAAUCAUAUAACGUAUAUUGGAGUUUUGACUGCUUGUAGCCAUGUAGGAUUGGUGGAGGAGGGGCUUAGUUACUUCAAAUCCAUGAGUAAACAACAUGGUUUAAUACCUAAACAGGAACAUUAUGCCUGUGUGGUCGAUAUUCUUGGAAGGGCAGGUCAGCUCAGUCGUGCAAAAGCAUUUGUGCAGUCUAUGCCAAUCAAACCAGACGCUAUGAUCUGGAGGACCUUCUUAAGUGCUUGCACGGUCCACAAAAACAGAGAAUUUGGUGAAGUUGCAGCGAAGAAUCUCUUGGAGCUUGAACCUGACCAUUCUGCUACUUAUGUCCUCAUGUCAAACAUGUAUGCUGUUACCGGUGAAUGGGGUCAUCGGGAUCGCACAAGACUCCUCAUGAGAGACAGAGGCGUGAAGAAAGAGGCUGGUCGUAGUUGGAUUGAAGUGAAAAAUUCAGUCCAUGCAUUCUUUGUCGGUGAUAGACUCCAUCCUCUUGCAGACGAGAUAUACAACUACUUGGAUGAACUAACCAAGAAAGUGGCUGCAAUUGGUUAUGUACCAGAUCAAAGUAGCCUAUGGAACGAGGCGGAGCUUAGGCAGAAGGACCCGACUGCACAAAUUCACAGCGAAAAGUUGGCUGUUGCUUUUGGACUUCUAAGCCUUCCUGAUAUCAUCCCCUUGCAUGUCAUGAAGAAUCUUCGCGUCUGUAAUGAUUGCCAUAACUGGAUUAAGUUUAUCUCAAAGGUGGUCGAUCGGCCUAUCGUUGUACGGGAUGCCUACCGCUUCCAUCAUUUCCAAGAUGGAAGCUGUUCUUGUAAAGAUUAUUGGUAAACAAACUGGCAUACAGAAGCAUGAAGAGAUCUGCAAGCUGUCUUCACACAAUGAGAGGGAGCCUAAACCGGAUAUACCGGACGAAAGGAACAUUCUCGAAACUGGAAGGCCGGAGGCGCCACACGAACUACACUGGCUCUGCAAGCAGUAAUGCCUAGCAUGUUUCCUAAGUUUAUCAGCUCUUUUCUACAGGUUUUUUUAAAUUUUCUUCUACGCUCAGUAAAUAUUUUCAUGACAUAAAAAUUGGGGGUAAUUAGCUGUGUUAGGUGAGUGUCAAAUCAUGUAAUUUAUUGGUUUAUCAUAUAAAUUAACAUUGAAAUUAUAGUUA